CAGCUGCAGACAUCAGACUUAGACAACACAACCGACUCAAAGAUGAAGAUGACACAGCUCCUCGUCCUCUUUUUGGUCGUUUCGGUGCAGGUGGCCGCCGGUUUCCCCACGGGCGGCAGGGAAAGCAAACACGCCUCCUGGGACGACGUCAACGUGGUGGCCCAUGGGCUCCUGCAGCUCGGCCAGGGCCUGAAGGAGCACGUGGACAAGAGCAAAGCCCAGAUGAGGGACGUCAGCGCCAAAAUGAAAGAGCUCAACAGCACGGUGAGCGGGCUGGAGAAGAAACAGACGGAGCAAGACGAAGCUCUGAAGACUGAGGUGAAGGAGGCGGAGGAGAGGGAGCGUAUGGUGGCACAGCUGGCCGAAGAGAUGAGGCUGAAGGUGGAGGAGAUGAAGAAGCAGGACCAGGACGUCCACACGAGGAUGGACAGGCUGGAGGAGAAGGUGGACGAGGUGCUCAGCAAGCCCACGUUGGACAGCAACUACAGCGACGACGCGGGAGUCCCGUUCAUCCAGAGGCUGAUGGCGGUUCAGAACCGACGCAUCGACCAGCUGGUGGAGAAGAUCAAGCAGCAGCAGGACAAACUGGAGAAGCAGAGCGUGCACCUGCAAGCGCUACAGAGUAAAGUUGCACAAAAGAGACUGAAGUCACACAGGAGGAGACACGACGAGGAGGCGUUGAGAGUAGACGCAGAACAGUCAGGUUUUGCCAAAGACUGUCAUGAUUUGUUUGUGAAAGGGCAGCGAACCAGCGGCGUUUACACAAUCCAACCUGAGAACUCCAAACCCUUCAGCGUCCUCUGUGAAAUGACCUCAGAAGGUGGAUGGACAGUCAUCCAGAAACGUCAUGAUGGAUCUCAGAGCUUCAACCAGCUGUGGGACGGAUACAAGAGAGGCUUUGGCCGUUUGACAGGUGACUUUUGGCUCGGCCUGGACAACAUCCACUCCGUGUCCAGACAAGGCCAGUACGUGCUUCAGGUGGAGCUCUCUGAUUGGUCGACGCAGGAGCAGGUGUUUCGUUACCAGUUCCAGGUGGACGGAGAAGAGCAGCAGUACGCCCUCCACCUUCAGCCCCAGGAUUCAUCUGAGGGUCUCGUGACGACUGGAGCGUCCGGUCUGCCUUUCUCCACCGCCGACAGAGACAACGACCUCGAUAAAGACGUCAACUGUGCUGAGAUGUUUUCAGGAGGUUGGUGGUUCAGCGGCUGUGGCAACUCAAACCUCAACGGUAAAUAUCCCAGAAUGCAGAGCGUCACACACCAGCCCACAAGACAGAGCAUGUUCUGGACGACGACAAACGGACACAAUACUGCUCUGAAGACGACUCUGCUGAAGAUUAAACCGGUUACAAUAAAACCAUGAACUCAUCAGUCUGUGAAUCAACACCAGACUGAAAUCCCACACGAAUAUUAUUGAUCUGUGCUGAUCAAUAAUCAAUCUGAGCAGAUACUUCAAUGUUUUGUUUUGUCAUAUUGACAGUUGAACAUUGUUCCCUUUAUAAGGGUUUUAAGGAUAAUAUUAUUUUGUAAUAUUUACUGUAUUUUAAUAACUGCUUUUGUAAUAAUGUACAGUUUCUUACUUGCAACAUUUGUAAACUUCAAAUAUAAAUUUUUUUUAUUACAUUAAGUGGAUUAAAAUAAAAUUUUUGUAACAAAUC